CAGGAAGUGUCCAUUCGCCUUCCACUAGCAUGGCAACACCCUCCCAGUACCGCCAGCUGCUGAGUGACUAUGGACCGCCAUCACUAGGCUACACCCAGGGAACUGGGAACAGCCAGGUACCUCAGAGCAAAUAUGCAGAGCUGCUGGCCAUCAUUGAAGAGUUGGGGAAAGAGAUCAGACCCACAUAUGCAGGGAGCAAGAGUGCCAUGGAGAGACUAAAACGAGGCAUCAUUCACGCUCGAGGCCUGGUUCGGGAGUGCUUGGCUGAAACAGAACGCAAUGCCAGGUCCUAGCCUCCGUAGUUUGAAGGUCCCCAUCUUUGUAUGAAAUGGGAGGUUAACAAUUCAUAUCGCCUGUUGAGAUAAAAUUCUUUUUUUAAAAAGUGGUAACAGUUUAGUUUUUUUCUGCCAGUUUUUUUCUGCCAUGGUUCACUAAGCUUUGAACCUACACUCUCAAAGAUUGGGGAAAUAUUUUGCAGUUAAUUAAGAUGUGCAUUUUAAGUAGUUAGGAAUGACCCAGGUUGUCUUUUUUUUUUUAAGCAUUGAUUUAAAAGAUGCAUGUAAAAUUACUUUAUAGCAAACUAUUGUUUGCCCCCAAAUGCCAGUGUCUCCCUUUAAUCCUCCUUUGAGUACAUUUGUUGUUUGCAUUACCCAAACAGAUUUGUUCCUUUUCAUAAGCUCAUUGGACUCUGAGGACUUUAGUGCAUACCGACAUACCAGUUUUACUUAGUACCUGGCUUGCUUGCCAUACAGUGUAGAUUCUGCUUAAUGGAGCUUUUUUGCUUAAGCAUUUGCAUGACUCUGAGUGCUUUGAGGUCAAUCUUAAAAAAUGCAAAAGUUAUAAAUACAGAAGAAAGAGCAGUCUACCCAACCUAACAAGCACCCCCAAAAUUUCUAUCCCAAGACUGUGCAUAGAUGUUCCACAUUUGCUGUAAGCUGAUCAUAACAUUUGGAAGAAAAUGACUGAAACUGUUUGCAUCUUUGUAUGUAUUUAUUACUUGAUGUAAUAAAGCUUAUUUUCAUUAACAA